AUGUUCCCGCCUGACAACGUGACGCUCAACGUCUUCCAAACGGGCCCUACCGAAGUCUUCCGCACCCCAAUCGACAAUGACCGCCCGGAGCGUAUCGUCCUCCCCCCACCACCUGGCAUUGACGAUCGUGCUCACCUCGUUCGGGCUAAUGGAGCCCCAUAUGAGAGGUGGACCACUGCAAGAACCGCCACCCUGAUCAACGACGUGCCGGAAGUGAUGGAACGGCCCCGGGUUCAGUGGAGCCCCGUGUUGGAGGAGCCGUAUCGAGCAUCACCUGUUCCUAGAUCGCCUCUACCCGCCUAUCCCAGCCAGGCCGUCGUGCCCGUCCUCAACACGUUCGACGAGAGAUGGGAACCAAGUCGAUCGCCAAUACCAGAGGCGCGGUAUCGAGGUCGGAACAUACCAAUUACGGUAGAGAGGGUGCCAAUGGAGAGCCACAUCCGAGGCCCACUCCAAGUAGACACCUCCGAUUCUGGUGACUACAUGGCUCCCAGGCGUUCCGAGGAGCGUCGAGGACGCCUUGUCGAGGUAAAGAAACGCGAGGAAACCACCACAACCUCUGAACGAAGAGCCAGAAGCGGGCAUCGGCCCCGGCAUCGUAGAUCUCAUCAUGAAUUGGAACGCCGAAACCGCAGUCACAGCCCGAUUCAGCAGACCGGGAGAUCCGCUUCUCGAGAUGGCCUUUUUGUACAGGAUACUGGGCCCAGGACCGAGAAUGCAGACCUGAUGGACAGCAAGGGCGAAAUCUUCCGCCUCUACCAAACCCGCGACCCGCUCGGCAACGUCAUCGGCCAUUUUGACACCUACGAGAACAUCCGUCAUUACGGUGAAGACAUGGUAGUGUCCCCAUUGGCAGAAAGUGAGGAUUCCCUCGUCUCCGAGACUUCAUACCGCAAUGACAAGGCAAAAAGCGACGAGUUGGAGAAAAGAACUGGGCGGCCGAUGUCUCGGGAGGAAUUGUUACGACACCUAAGUUUUCUGAACCGACAGGAAGAUCUGGAGGAGGAGAGGAGACGGAGGAGUCUCUAUCGAGAGCCGGUCAGGAUUCCGGUAAAGAAAGCCGAGACGAUUUUUGGCGUCAACCGACCAUCGAUUCUGGACUUGCCGCCCCCGAGGGUCGUCGUAUCGAAUCUGAGAAGAACUGAACGUCUCGGACCGCUCUCUACCACCUCGGCCGCCAGCAGCAGCAGUUCAUCUUCUGAGGCGCCGCCGCCUAUUCCUAGAUAUGGACCGUUUAGCUUACCACCUCGCGGGCUUCACCGCACCAAGCCGCUUCAAUUCCACCCAAAAGGCACCCUCGCCCCUCCCGUCGUCAAUGUAAAAUCUCAUGUCUAUGACGACCCGAGGAAAAGAGCCGCCCAAUCGACGCAGCAACUCUGCUACUUCGAGCUGGACGAGCUCGCACUGCCUCGCCUCAUCUACGGCAUCCACGACGACUUCAACGAGUACAGCAACCAGAACGGCUUCUGGCAGUACAACGACGCCGACGCCCACACUCCGCUUCGACCUUCCCGGGCCAAGCAGACCGGAUGUACUGGGGAUUACGCGGAUAGGAGCGGAGCGGAAUCGUAUGCCUCCACUGCUUCGACACCAAUUCAGAAGAUUGUCGCCAGGGAAUCUAUGGAGCCGGAGCCGCAACAGGCUUUUAUCGUCAAUAGGACCAUGAGCCCGAGGAUCGAGCGUAGUCAACUUCCCAGCCCACCACCUCCACCUCUUCCUCCAACUCCACCUCCAGCUCGUCGAGAGGAGCCAGAAGUGACGCUCGAGGACACGCCGAUUUAUACGAUGAUCGGGACGAGGAGGAGGGUCCACCCUGAUGCCAUCCAGUUCAAGAGGGUCACCCGCUCAACGUCGUUGUCUAGGAUUCCGGAAGAUAGGGAAAUUACGGGCCAGGAAAUUAAGAAAAACCCAACAGCCGUCGGAAUCUCCUUGAUGCCGUCGAUGUCUUGCGAUUCCAUCCCAUUUGCCGAUGAUCCGGAGAUCGAGUACAGGGAGUUCAUCGUGGAGCCCCGGAUUGCUCGCUCCCCAAAGCCAAAGUCAAGCUCGGAAACGAGCCCGUCCGACUCGCACAAGCUGUUCAUCACCGGCCUUGAGGAGUUG